GAUAUGUUUUUGGGUCCCAAGUCGAUGUACUCGCUAAUUUCCCGACAGAUCUAGGAAUGAACACAGUAAUCCUAGUUUCGUCAAUCCGAAAUUAGAGGUUUCAGAGUGAAAGGAUGAUAAAAGAAGUAGGUUCACUACGUGGUGCUCCACGUUUCUGCGGGAAAGUGGGAUAAAUGAAGCGGAAAGGGAGUUUUUCCCCACCCACUCCGAAAGCCGUCAUCGCGUGCCUGCGUCUCUUACUUUCCCACCUGACACCCCUCGGUCUGUCUCUUUUCGUCCCCUUCCCACACAUCCUCUCCCUUGAUGUUCAAUCGGCUCAGUCAGUUGACCCGUCAUCUCGCUCGACCACCACCCAAUUACCUAACCGCCUCGCCCGCUGCUUUAUCGAUACUUCGACCUUGUGUCUCCAACAUGACAUCAUCUGCGGUGCAUAACUACACGAAAACGAUACACACGGCAGCAUGUCUGAUCAUUGGUGAUGAGGUGCUUGGCGGAAAGACAAUCGACACCAACUCUGCUUAUUUCGCCAAGUACUGCUUCUCCCUGGGGAUCCAGCUCAAACGUGUAGAAGUCAUUGCCGACGAUGAGAGCGAGAUUAUCGAGGCCGUAAGACGCAUGAGUAGCAAUUACGAUUUUGUGGUGACCAGUGGAGGCAUUGGGCCGACCCACGAUGACAUUACGUAUGAAUCGAUAGCCAAGGCGUUCGGCCUGAAGUUAAAGCUGCACCGAGCUGCUUUUGAUCGUAUGAAGAAGCUCUCCAAACCUCACCCAAUGCAGCCGCAGUUUGACUGGGACACGCCGUCGCCCGGCCUGACGGCGAAGCUGCGCAUGGUUGAGCUCCCCCACGACGAUACUCUGCCGGAGGAGCAGCAGGCGAUCUUCGUGGCGGAUGAUAUGUGGGUGCCAAUCGCCAUCGUCAAUGGCAAUGUGCAUAUCCUGCCAGGCGUCCCCCGCCUGUUCGAACGCCUGCUUGAACAUCUGAAGCCUACUUUACUUCCUCGGUUAACCAACCCCGAGGGCAAGGGCAUUUAUCGUUAUUUAUUCAGCACGCCACUCCCUGAGAGUGCUGUGGCACCAUACCUGACGGACCUUGCUACGCGGACAUCUUCGCAAGGUAUAAAGGUUGGCAGUUAUCCGCGCUGGGGAAAGAAACGUAACACCGUAACUUUAGUUGGAACCGACCAGAAUUUCAUGGACUCGCUGGUAUCGGAGGUUGAGCAGAACGUCCAGGGAAGAAGAGUCACGCAGGAAGAUGAACUCGAUCCCCCUUCUGAUGCGGAGUAAAGUAAAUAAGGGAGCACUGGUCAUGCCACGUACAUAGAUUUGAUGCAACUAUCCAUAUACACUUAAACAUCCAGACAAUUCUAUCCG